AUGCAUAUGAAAGGGCUCACGUUGUCGGCCAUUCUCGAGCAAGGCACGACACGGCGCCGCAAAUCACCGCCGAAGGAAGAGUGUCCCAAGAAGCAAAAACGUGACUCCUGGCGCAAGAUUGCAGCUAUUUUGAACAAAUGUGAAUCCAAAAGGUCACACGAAGAGAUCCGCUUGCUGGAGAAAGAACCGGAGGUGGUGAAGCAAGUCCUGGCAAGGCGAAAGCGCAACGUAGAGUACAAGGAACGUGCGCUGGAGACGGAAGAUGAGCCGGAGGUAAUCGAACGCAAAGCGCUGAAGCUGGCGCAAGCCAUAGCGAAGGCGAACCACGUGAUCGUGUACACUGGCGCCGGCAUCAGUACGUCCGCCAAGAUACCGGACUACCGGGGAAGCCAAGGAAUAUGGACGUUGCUCGAGCAAGGCAAAGACAUUGGCGAGUACGAUCUUUCGCUUGCCGAUCCCACCUUCACGCACAUGGCCCUCUUCGAGCUGCACCAGCGCGGGAUGCUGAAGCACGUGUUGUCGCAAAACUGCGACGGGUUACACCUGCGCUCCGGACUGUCACGCUUUUCGCUCUCCGAAGUGCACGGCAACAUGUACGUGGAGGUGUGCAAGCAAUGCAAACCGAACGUCGAGUACUGGCGCCUGUUCGACACGACCCAGUUCACCGCACGGCACUAUCACAAGACGAACCGACGGUGCCGGCGGUGCGGAGGCCCACUCAUCGACACGAUCGUACACUUUGGCGAGCGGGGCCAGCUCAAGUGGCCGCUCAACUGGGCCGGCAUUACGGCGCACACGGAGAAGACUGAUUUGAUCCUCUGCAUUGGCUCAAGCCUGAAGGUGCUCCGCAAGUACACGUGGCUGUGGGCCACGGAUCGGCCGAUCAAGAAGCGACCGAAAAUCUUUAUCGUCAACCUGCAGUGGACCCCGAAGGAUAAGGUCUCGACCCUAAAAAUCAACGGACGGUGCGAUGAGGUCAUGAAGCUGGUCAUGAAACACCUGGGCAUCGAGGUGCCGACCUACAAUCGGCUCAAGGAUCCGAUCUUUGCCCACGCGACGCUGUUGCUGGCCGAGGAGCAGCACACGGCAUCGCAACCCGCACUGAAGAAAAGCACUGCCAAAGAGGAACCGGCGGCGACGACGAACGGAACGGAACCCUCCGGGGCGAAUGGGGAUAUGGUUAAAAAAGAAUCAGCUUCGGCCGAUCAGUCGGAGAUUAAAAUCGAACCCACGUUUGCCCACGCGGCCACGUCCUGCGUUUCCCCCAAGCAGGUGUAUCUAAACAAUCUUUUACUCGCCCAGCAGCACCAGCAGCUGGCCAGUAGCUACAAUAUGUUGCUCACUUCGGUCAAACGACCAGAUGCACGACCCGUUCUGCCCCCCCUAGUUCCCUGUACGUCUUCAGUGAUACCGACCGGAGUCCCGGCACAGGUGAAGACGGAAUCGAGCGACGAACCCGAAGCGCAACACGACACGCCCGAUCCGAAAGCAGUCGGUCCACCGGUGAACAUUAUUAAAAUUGAUACCGCUUCGAACCUGUUUGGAAACCUACGGCAUAUGCUCGGUGCGAUCAAUCUUUCCAAUGCCGGCACCUCGGGAAGCAGUGCUGCCGGUGGCACGAAACUCGAUGAAAACAGCAGCUUCUCCGGGGCACGAUCGCCCGAACCUAUUUUUCCACUGCCGCUGCUGCUGCAACCGGGCGUAACGAUUGUACAGAAACCAUCCAACGGGCCGACGGUGGCAGAACAGAAUGGUUCAAACACGCAACAAUCUUCGCUUCCGCCACGGUGUAACAAAAUACAGUUGAUCGCCGUAAAACCGAUGAUCGUCAGUAACCCUCCCAGUCUGGUACCGUUGCAACACCACAACGAGCAGACUAGCUCUCCUAUUUCGAAAGCCAACAACUUUGAUUACGUGCCAGACGACGAUAAGGCUUUGGCUGAAAAUGCGGCGGCAGAGUCGGAUAAAGUCGCCAGUCACGAACAAACGAUAGAAAAGAAGAGUUUUGGUGAAGAAACAGACAUUCGGCCGGACGAUGUGACGAUCGAAGAAGCCAUUGCUUCGGUAGUUGCAACAACUGAACAGCAAAAGGAACCAUUUACAAACGGAAAUAAUGAUUGUAAAACGGCCGAUUUGAAUGCCGCACCGGAUGAACCGAUAAUAGAUUUAGGAAGCGAAGAUUCCUGGCGGGAGCAAGCUUGGCAGCUAGACGAGGAAAUGGUACAAGCAGAUGCUUGUGGCGGCGCAAUGAACCAAACCAUCAAGACUGAAGAAGCAAUGGGCCUAGCAGAGAAGGCCAGUGAAAAGAUGGAAGUUGCCAUAACAACCGAAACAGCUUUCAUCGGACACGACGUGGCGGCGAUCGGCGAUCUCCUUAGCAACGAUAAGAAUGAUCAUUUUCAACCGAUCGCAGAAGAAGCGAUCCCAGGCGCAAUGUCGGUGGAUCACGCGGCAGAAGAAAGCUUACCGAUGGCACCGACAGAAAAGAGUAAUGCCAUUGACACGGUCGAUGAGAUAAUGGCAGAUGGAGAAAAUGGUCUUCCUCUUAGUCCCGUCCCGGAAGCGCCUUCUGGAAGCAGAUCUCACGACAAGGACCAGUCUGCUGACAAAAGUCAAAAGAUGGUCAAAGUAGUCCUCAGCAAUAGUGCACUGUUCGAGCUGUACGAAGCGGCCCCCAGAUUGCCCGAUCGUUAUCCACCGGCACUCACCUUGAUCACGCCGAUCAAGUAUCAGCUGCCUGCGCACGUUAUCGCUAAGAUGGCGACAAAGGCUCCGGCCGUUCGCCCCGUGCCACUUGGCGACACCCAUUCGGGACCGCCACCAGCAAACGAUCCUUCGGCAAACAUCUCUAGUAACGGUUUGAAAGCUGGAGGAUCUCCUCCACUGCACGGUGUCGGUGUGAUGCCGCCAUCCGUUUCCACUGCCUCGUUUAUGCCGGCGAAUGGCACAAUGGCAGCAUUUAUCCUCAAAAACAAUAGCUUCCUCACCACCACCAAUCCGCUCUAUCCGAAUCUACUGAACUUUCCGCCCGGGAUCGGGGCCAACCUAGUCUUUCUUACGAGUCCGGUCAAACCACCGGCGACGGCGACCGUCGGUGGACCGUCACCGGCACAGUUCGCAACACCGUCCACAUCGGACGUGAACGGCACCGCGGUGAAUGGCCCGGUCAACACUCCGGUUACGCCGACGAAAACCUUCCGCACUGAUUCCGACGAGCAGACGGACGAAGACGACGACGACCGCCGUGGGCGAAUGCGGCGCUCGAAACGGCUAGCGACGGCGCGCAUCAACAAACAGCUUGCCACACCGGACCGGAAAACCGAUUCCGAUACGGACUCGAACGAUACGGAUCGUUCGGGCGAUCCGCGCAGACGAUCGAACCGCAGACGGUCGCGGGACACGGCCAACGAAAGCGACGAACUGACCGAGUCCAGCUACACCGGCGGUGGCCGGCGACGGUCGACGGGACGGCGGUCGCGCAGUUUCCGCGUUCGGCGCAAGCCAGAGUUCCUUAACAUUAAGCAUCCGGAGAAGAAAAAGAAACGCCCGAAUGAAGACCGAACCCGGACGCCGGACAAGGAUGCCACGGGCGGUCACUCGCGGGAGCGCGUUGAAAUGAGUACACCGCCAGCGGCCAGCAGUUGUUUGCCAGGGGCGACCGGAAUGAUCGCCGCCAAUCGGAUAUUCACGAUCGCCUCACCGAUCAGUUACUUGCCGGCGUCGAUAAUCGCCCCGAUCGGUGGCCCUUCGAGUACGGCUAUCUCGCAGCAGGAAAAAUACAAACGCAUUCUGACCUACUGCAAGGCGGCCAUUCAACAGCAGCAGCAAACCGUCACCAGUUCCACGGUGGUACCGUUGCCCCAGUGGUACGACGUCAACUAUGCCUAUUCCGGACUGCACAGCAUCAUACAUCCGCCGCCACCGAACGUGAAUCUGUGGGGCGGCGGAUCGACACCGGCCAAGCACCAACCGCCGCCGACGAUCGAGUGCAAGUUUUGCUUCGAAAACUACUCCCAGUACGCCUGCCAGUUCUAUAUGCCGCAAUCGGCCAAGUUCAGCGUCAGAUCGUUCCGCCGUGGCAAGGUGGUCGUGUGCGAGUGCUGUGACUUCUCGGACGAUGAGCAUGAAAAGCACAACCUGCAGGCAGCACCCGCCCUUCAGGCACCGACCCCGGAGACGGAUGUAGAAAAAAUUCCCAUUCCCUCGACUUCAAAGGCCACCAGCAGUAGUAGUAGCGUGGUCGAUGCACCGGAACGUGCCAAACGACAGCUAGCGCCAUCGAAGGAGGCGAAACCAAGCGUGGAAGCGUCCGUUAUAAAGCGGCCGAAAUGUGGCACCGGUGUCGCCGCCGUCACUCGAACGGUCAACAGUCGAACCAGCGGCGGCAAUGGGGUUCCCGUGGCGACCCAUAAACCCAAGGUCAAACCCGGUUGGUACGGUAAGGGCUACCGGAAGCACCUUCGUCGUAAGAAGCGCACCAGCCAGGGUUAGGAGGGGCUCGUUUGGGGACCUCGCGUGACUCGCUGGAUUAAAGUUAAUAUUGGUCCUC